GUCAGACCUCAAAAAUAGCCCGCAGGCUGUUUGGGUGGAGGGGGGUACCAGAGGAGUCAUGUGCAACAACCUCCGCCUCAGUCGUACGUGGAGCAGCUUGGAUUAACAAGCUCCUGUGUCUCCAUAUUGUUCUAUAGGGUGUCCACUUCUAGACUCGCUGCUCUUUCCUCCACACCAGCAAUGAAGCUCAGCGUGGCCUUGUUCUUUGCGGGCCUCUUCGGGGCCCUGGCUGUCGUCUUUGUCCUCCUCUCGUUUGGAACAGAUUACUGGCUGUUGGCCUCGGAGAGCUGCACUCAUCCUACCACUGACACCACUUUAGAGCAUGGAGACAUGGUGGAGCAGAAUGUCACUAGUGGGGUCAUGCUGUACCACGAGGGCUUCUUCUGGAAAUGUUUCUUUGGUGGCAAAGUGGAGGAUGAGGACCUGCUAUGGAAGCUUUGGUUCACCAAUCAGCCGCACUCCAAAGUGUGCAUGCACUCCUACCUCUUCCCGUUCCCGGUGUCCCACCACACCCACAACGCCACAGCGUAUGAAUCCGCCAUAAUCUACAGGGGUUUUUGGAGCAUCUUCAUGCUCAUCGGCGUGGCAGCUGUGAUCCUUGGCGGCUUCAUCGUCAUCUGCGCCGCUCCCUUCGCCAACCACUGCUUGUACAAAACGGGUGGAGGCUUCUUCCUGUUAUCGGGUUUCUUCCUGCUGUGCGUGGUGGUGAUGUACGUGCUGUGGGUAGAGCUGCUGGACGUGGUGGACAUUUACGUGGACUACCAGCGCACCUUUGUGUGUCCCAACUUCCACUUGACCCUCAACUACGGCCUCUCCUUCAUGUUUGCUCCCGUCGGCAUCUUUUUCUCUCUGCUGGCCGGACUGCUCUUCCUCCUCAUUGGCCGGACCAUCAAGAUCCACUACCGCUAACUGAAAAACAUGACACAGACACACACGGUGACGGUAUCAAGCUGGGAAACGACUACGGCUUUGCACAAAAGUCUUGGAGGACACCAUCUUAAAGGGGAACAUUAUCACAAUUUCAGAAGGGUUAAAAACGAUAAAAUUCAGUUCCCAGUGGCUUAUUUUAUUUUUCAAUUUUUUUUCAAAAUUUUACCCAUCAUCGAAUAUCCCGAAAAAAGGCUCUACAGUGCCUGAUUUUCGCUAUCUGUGAAGCCACCGUCUAUUUUGCUGUGAUGUCAUCCAGUGAUGCCAAUACAAACAACGUGGCGGAUAGCACAGCAAGAUAUAGCGACAUUAGCUCGGAUUCAGACUCGGAUUUCAGCGGCUUAAGCGAUUCAACAGAUUACGCAUGUAUUGAAACGGAUGGUUGGAGUAUGGAGGCAGAUAGCGAAAACGAAAUUGAAGAAGAAACUGAAGCUAUUGAGCGAAUAGCUAUUGACGCUAUUCCGCGAUCAAACAAUCGGGACUUUUGCAUCUUGGGACACUGGAGCAACUUAAAUCUGUCGAUUGGUAAGUGUUUGUUUGGCAUUAAAUGUGGGUGGAGUGAAAGGCUGAAUGCAAAUAUAGCUACAAAUGUACAUACAGCUAGCCUAAAUAGCAUGAUAGCAUCGAUUAGCUGGCAGUCAUGCCGCGACCAAAUAUGUCUGAUUAGCACAUAAGUCAAUAACAUCAACAAAACUCACCUUUGUGAUUUCGUUAACUUUAUCGUUGGAAAUGCAUCUGCAGGAUAUCCAUACAUCUCUGUGCCAUGUCUGCCUUAGCAUCGCCAUUAAAAUGUGCAGACCAAACGAUCGGGACUUUCGAAACUUGUGACACUGGAACAACUUAAUUGUGUCGAUUGGUAAGUGUUUGUUUGGCAUUAAAUGUGGGUGGAGGGAAAGGCUGGAUGCAAAUAUAGCUACAAAUGUACAUACAGCUAGCCUAAAUAGCAUGUUAGUAUCGAUUAGCAUGCCAUGCUAAUCGAUGCACACUCCACGUAAGUCAAUUUGAAUCCGUCCCUGAUCGUGUUGUUACACCCUCCGACAACACACCGACGAGGCAUGAUGUCUCCAAGGUACCGGAAAACAGUCGAAAAAACGGAAAAUAACAGAGCUGAUUUGACUCGAUGUUUAUAAUGAGUUUGAGAAAAUGGCGGUUGACUACUUAGGUGACGUGACGUCAUUGCUCCGAGAGCAAAUAAUAGAAAACCGUUUAAUUCGCCAAAAUUCACCCAUUUAGAGUUCGGAAAUCGGUUAAAAAAAUAUAUGGUCUUUUUUCUGCAACAUCAAGGUAUAUAUUGACGUUUACAUAGGUCUGGUGAUAAUGUUCCCCUCUAAUCAUGAUUUGGAGAGCAUGAUGAAUGUAGCUCUCAACAAACAGCUGAGUCAGCAUUAAUACCGCUGAUGAGUUCAUUGUAAACUACGGGUACACUUUCAACAUUUUUAAAGGGCAUGCUGAGGUAGAAAAAUGUGCUGCCAGCCUUGUGGAGUUAAAAAAAGGAGGUUGCCUACAGCCAAUGUUUUUGUAACCCUAAUUAGAGAACACUUUUGUUGACCACGCAUCUCCUUGUAAAUUGAACAGAGGCCAUAAUUGAAGCAUUUACCCAGGGGUGUAACGGUACAUGUAUUUGUAUUGAACAUUUAACCAUUACAGUACGGGGAUUUCGGUUUGAUUCAGAGGUGUACCGAACGAGUUUCCACACGGACAUAUUAAGUAGCGUACCGCAUGUUGUGUAAACAAUGCACACAGAGGCACAACACACGGUAUGCUAGCAGCGACCGGGCUACAAUAGACUGACCAUACCUCCUCUUUUCACCGGACAUGUCCUCUGUUGCGGGGCUGUCCGGGUGGAGUUUCUUAAAUGCCUCAAAUGUCCAGCAUUUUAAGUUAGGGUUGCGUGUAUUUUCAAUGUACGUUCAGGGUUAAGAAGGGGUUAAAAACAAAACAAAUUAUGCACGCAGCAACAUUUGUGAGGGAGGGGCAGAGAGAGAGAGAGUAAUGAUAAACGCGCAUGCGUCGCCAGGCUCUGCUUUUUACCCAUAGAUUUAUCAGAUUUUAUUUUGUAUUAUCUAUAGCAGGCGUUUCAAAAGUGUGCCCCGGACGCCAUUUGCGGCCCACAGCUAAUGUUUUAAAGGCCCACAGCACAUUCUAAAAAUACUAUUAAAAUAAACAAAAACAUAAACAAAAGUGAAAUAAAAAAACUUAAAGGCUAAAUGUAAUUUAGAAAAAAUUGCAACAUUGACUAAUAAAACAAAGCUGUUUUAUUUUCUUUCAAACUGUCAUUGCUCAAAACAUAAUAUUGAAUCAAAAUCAAUGUUAUUAUGAAUUAUUGACCUAUCCAAGGUUCCCAUUACUUCACAUCAAAUAUUCCACUAAGAAAAAUAUUUUUGAUGGAAGAUUUUGCAAAUUUAGUAAAUAAAUAACCCAAAAAAUGGAUAUUUUGUUGUUUUCUUACUGUACCGAAAAUGAACCGAACCGUGACCUCUGAACCGAGGUAUGUACCGAACCGAAAUUUUUGUGUACAGUUACACCCCUACAUUUACCACUGUUAUUGGCCUGUGAAACAUUCAACAGACAAAAACAGGGAAUUCCAGACUAUCGGACUUUCCCCCUUCGCUUUGAACCCUGCGGCUUAUAAAACGUUGUGGCUAAUUUAAGGAUUUUUCUUUGCUGACAGCCAUAAUGGAAAUAGUUUUAAAAAACAAACAAGCAAAUAAACUGGAAAGGUGUGUUAUUGUUUGGGCUAUGGUGCCAUGUUUUAAACAAAUUUGCUCACUGCGGCUGCUGCGAUGCCCUUUUUUAUAGAGCAAUUGCUGUUCCGUCUUCUAGCCGUCCAUAGCGUUUUUACUCGUAUGAAUUCUUCAUUCAUCACUCAAAGCAACAUUAGUAAGUUUUACAAUAUAACUAAAAACUGUUUAUACUUAUUAAACCGUCCCAUGUGUGAUGUCUGUAGGAGUGUUUUCAUGCAUAUUUGAACGUUCUAUCGUAUUGUAAUCAAGCAAGCGUUGUUAGCAUUAGCUAUUAUGCUAACACGUUUACAAGUGUCUGAGUUAGUAUUAUGAACUUACAAUGGCAUUCUUUUUGUAUUGUUUCAGGUUCACAAAUUCCUCUGUACACUCACCAAGACGUCAUUGUGGAUUUAUUGAGUCUGUUUAGCUGAUUGGAGAGCUAGGUUCCGAAGUUAGUGGGUCCAUGAUGAUGACUUCUGUUUUGUGUGAACUGCCGUGUUAGAGGCACUGUUUGGAAACAAGUAAGGUAUGUAAAUAAACAUUUACGAUAUC